AUGUCGCUUGCGAAAGGAUUCUCGAACGUGGUUCGUGUAGACUAUCCUCUUGUUGGGCGGGAAUAUCAACAACGGUAUACGUACCGACUGAAAAUGGGUGUUGUCGCCAAAAGGGCUUGGGUCGUGGGAUGUCGAAAAGUCGAAGGUUUCGGAAUUGCCUUGAACGCCAGCGACUCGCUUGCUUGGGACGCUUUGCCUCGUGACUUUGUGCGCUUGCCCUAA